AUGCGGGCCCUAUAUCUGGAACGUACGCGCACCAAGCUGUAUUCUCGAUUUGUUGGCGACCGCACUACUGCAUUUCCUUCCGAGCACCGCAAUCUCCGAGCAACAAUCGUUGGUCCAGAUAUCGGGCUCAUCUCAACCCGGGAGCCAAAACUCCACUCCCAGAACACUUGCUCUUCAAUGGAUUAUUUGCUCGAAGUUGUAGCGCUCGUCCUCACAGCCUCGGCCAUAGCCAUCCAACUGAUCAUGAGGAGAGCCAGGAAACCGUGUCCGGCUAACCUGCCCCCUGGCACCCUGGGUGUGCCGAUGAUUGGCCAGACGCUCGGCAUCAUUCGAGCGGCGCGCGCCAACGGCGGCAACCAGUGGAUUCGGGACCGGAUGGACAUGUACGGGCCGAUCUUCAAGGCAUCGGUGCUGUGCACGCCCACGGUCUUCCUCACGGGCCCGACUGCCAACAAGCUGAUCUUCUUUAGCAGCAGUAUGCUGCGGGGGAGCACACCACUUUCCUUGAAACGUAUCUUCGGGGAGAGGACGAUCUUGGACCUGCACGGCGACGACCACCGGCGCGUUCGUGGGGCGCUGAUGGAGCUCCUCAAGCCGGCUAUGCUCAGGCAGUACAUUGGGAGGAUUGACGCCAAUGUGAGGCAGCACCUAGAGGAGAAGUGGUACGGCCAAACCACUAUCACAGUGCUUCCACUCAUGAGGCGGCUGACGUUGGACAUCAUCUCCGCGCUACUCUUCGGCCUUGAGACGUCCGCCAUGCGUGACGCCCUCAACGACGACUUCGGACACAUGAUCGAGGGCGUUUUCGCCUUCCCGGUGGACCUGCCCUUCACUACAUUCGGCCGGAGCCUCAAGGCCGGCCGAAGGGCUCGACGGGUACUCGAGGGGAUCAUACGUGAUAAGAAGUCUAAGCUCGGCCACGGCAAGGCCUCGCCCAAUAAUGACAUCAUCACCCGCCUUCUCACCCUUACAGACCACCAUGGUGAGCAGCUGCUCACGGAAGAGGAGAUCGUCGAUAACGGCAUAUUAGCCCUGAUUUCCGGCAAUGACACCACCUCCGUACUCAUCACCUUCAUGGUCCAGCACCUCGCCAAUCACCCGGCAACCCUCGCAGCUAUGGUGCAAGAGCAUGAGGAGAUUGCAAGGAGCAAGGCUCACCAAGAGGCUCUGACCUGGGAAGAUCUGUCAAAGAUGAAGUUUACAUGGCAAGUCGCACAGGAGACACUUCGCAUCGACCCUCCGAUCUUCGGCAACUUCAGAACAGCACACGAGGACAUCGAGUUCGAUGGCUACUGCAUCCCCAAAGGAUGGAAGGUGUUUUGGUCGGCAAACGUGACACAUAUGGACCCGAGCAUCUUCCCCGAGCCGCAUAAGUUCGACCCCUCCCGGUUCGCGAGCCAGUCAUCUGUGACGCCACCGUGCUCCUUCGUCGGCCACAGAAUAUGUGUCGGGAUCGAGUUGGCCAAGAUCCAAACAUUAGUGAUGAUGCACAACCUAGUGAGACACUUCACAUGGAAGCUCCGCAACAAGGAAAACUCUUUCCUGAGGGAACAUGGCCUGCCAAUUGAACUCCAGCAAAAGACCCCUUUCUCAAUGCGACCACACUAA